GAACACCUGCAACAGGCAAGAAUUCCAUCCGGAUCACAAGAUAAAGUUUCAGUUCCUGAUUCUGGAGCAGAAAUGGCUGAAUCUCAGGUGGCUGUAGCUCCUGUGGUAAUGUCAAAGUUGUCUGUUAAAGCACCUGAGUUUUAUCCACCAGGAUACAACCAGAACUUCAAUCAGAACUUCACAGAUUCUUCCUUUGAAGAUGGAUAUGAUGGCUAUCUGACUUCGGCAGAAUAUGUACAAGACUUCCUAAAUCACCUUGCUGAGCAACCAGGUUGUUUUGAAACUGAAAUAGAACAGUUUGCAGAAACACUGAAUGGCUGGGUCACUGCAGAUGAAACUUUGCAAGAACUUGUUGAACUCAUCUAUCAGCAGGCCACAUCUGUCCCAAAUUUUUCCUACAUAGGAGCACGGUUGUGUAACUAUCUAUCUCACCAUCUAACCAUUAGUCCACAAAGUGGGAACUUCCGGCAGUUGUUACUUCAAAG